GCUGACACAAGUCAUACGUCGCUGACACCGGGGACUGUGACAAGUGUAGUACACGACUCACCGCGCACUGCCGUGGACGACGUGUUGUUAACGUCACCAAGGCAGCAACAGAACAAUGUAAGACAAGUCACAACCUUUGACCUCAACAGAGACUUGACAUGCUGAUGAUUGGCGGUUCGGGUUUCAUUAGCAGGAGGGCACCUCGAGUGAGCAUUCCUGUCUUGUCACCAGCCAUCAGACCAAUCUGCAUACAUGUAAUUCUGAUAGAUCUCGGACGAGAGGAGAACAUAAUUGGGGAUCGAUCGAUCGCUCCAGCAAGUUGUCACUGGCGAGUCAUGUAUGUCAUACUGGUGUAAAGUAUUCGAAGACAAUCACCACGGGGAUAAAGAAAACAUUCAAAUGACAGUGUAUGAAAUAGUAUAACCAAAAGAGAAAACUAUGGCCGGAAGUUUGGAGACGUCUGUGUUCUUCUGAUGUGUUUCGUUGUUGACAAUCACCACGGGAAUAAAGAAGACAUUCAAAUGACAGUGUACGAAAUAGUACAACCAAAAGAGAAAACCUGUCCAGAACUUUGAAAACAUCUGUGUUCUUGUGAUGUGUUUCGUUGUUGACAAUCACCUUAAUGAUACAGAAGACAUUCAAAGGACAGUGUACGAAAUAUAGUACAAUCAAAAGAGAAACCAUGGCCAGAACUUUGAAAACAUCUGUGAUCUUGUGGUGUGUUUCGUCGUAGAUUAAGACAAGGAAUUGUUUAAUUUGAUUCUGGUGUGAAUCCCCUGAUAGUUAUAUUAACCGGUUAAAACCAUAUAUUUAUGCAUUUAUACAACACACUUUUAUACCUGUGAUUGUGUUGCUUCCUUCAUACUCUUCAAGACGUCCACAAUACACAGACGAAAAGUAAUGUUAUUUAAAAAAAACUUUGUGGAUGGACUGAAGACAAAGACGUUGUAGUCAUUACUUUGAUACAAGGAAGGCUGUAGGGCUAUUAUUUAGUUAUCAAAUCUAUAUAUACUCCAUUGGAUUUAUUCAAAAGCCAAAUCAGGAAUUUUAAAUUAUCGCUUUUGAAGUCUUGUUCUUGGGAAGUUUACUGACGCGUACUAAUUUCUCACUGUGAUACAAAACAGACUGUAGAGCAGUCGAGUUAUCCAGUCGCAAUACACUAUAUUGAAUUUACCGAAAGAUAACUUAACAUGAAGCAUAUUUCAGGAAUUGGAAACUAUCACCAUUGCAGAUUGUGAUACAAAGACGGCUACAAGACAAUCACAUCAUCUGGACUAAAUACACAGUCCUGAGUUCAGUGAAAGAUACCUAAACAGAAAAAUGAAGAGAAUUUCAGAGCUGGAGGCCAUCACUCUGGCCGACCACGCGAUGGACUCCGGUGUUAUUGGCGACCACCUGCACUCCUACCCACUGUGCUGUAACUCCACCAGCAACGUCGUGCACAGCAACGGCGCCAACCAGUCGGCUGACGUCGUCGAGAUGCCGUUCUACCUGCUCUUCUACGUGUCCGUGCUGAACGGCGCCAUAUUUCUGGUCGGCGUGGCGGGAAACGUCAUGGUCAUCCAGGUGAUAACCCGGAUGAAGGCCAUGCGCUCACGGAUGUACUACUUCCUCAUGAGCCUCAGCGUGGCCGAUCUGCUCGUGCUGGCGAUUUGCCAACCGUCCGCCAUGUUGGAGUUUUUUGGACAAGAUCGCUGGCUAAUUGGAGAGGCAAUGUGUAAACUGGUUCCGUUCCUCGAACACGCGUCCCUCCACUCGUCCGUGCUCACUCUUCUAGUCAUAGGUAUGGAGCGGUACUACGCGAUAUGUCGGCCGCUCAGCGACAAGCGCAAGUGUCUGAUGUCCAACACAGCUGUCUGCGUGGCGUGCGUCUGGCUGUCCGCGUUCAUCAUGUCGCUGCCGUUCAUCUUCAUGACGUCGAUGGAGGACGCCGACUACUUCGACGGGUCCGCCGUCAAGGUGUGUCGCACGAAGAUGAAGACGACGCUUCCCAGACUCUACGUCGUUCUCAUGUUUUGUUUGUUCUUCAUACUGCCCAUGUGUAUGCUGACUUUUAUGUACGCGUCGAUCAUCAAGAAGCUCUUCAGACUGAAUCACGAGAUGUCGCCCGGGGACAACUCCAACGUCAAGGCGAUUCACUCCCGGAAGCAGGUUGUACGCAUGAUGGUUUCCAUAGUGAUCUUAUUUUUCGUUUCGCUGCUGCCAAUCAGAAUCGUCGGCUUGUGGCUGGUGUUCUCGCCUGCGACAACCAUCGAGUCGAUGGGUAUGGAGUUCUACUUCAACAUUCUGUCCAUGUCUAGAAUCCUGGCCUAUAUAAACAGUGCCGGAAACCCAAUCAUAUAUGGCCUUAUUUCCACCAAAUUCCGAAGUGCCUUUAGUCGGUCCAUGCCGAGCUGUAAGACUCAGACGGAGCGGCGGGGGUCAUUCACCCCGCGGACCGGUUCUCCGCCCAGGUUCCCGCCGGAAGUACAGAAUCAGAUCCAGCUGUGUAACCUGCGCAGAUGAAUAUUGUCAGUUAUAGUGAUGUAGGGAUUUAUCCAGGAGUUUUCUGCAGGGUACCAUGCCUGAUGAGAUUGGGGGGAAAUAGUGUGAUUUAAUCAUAAUUGGGAUUUGUUUUUAGGUCAUUGAUUGAUAGUAAUGCAUUAUUGUUGAAAUUAACUUUUGGGAAUUUUUUGCAGUGUCACUUGCUUUUGGGACGGGGCCUAUGUUCAGUACGGCAAAAUGCCUGGAUAAAUCUCUUUGAUGAUGGUCUAAUAAUUAUUAUUCGAACUAUGUAAUAUACAGUAUCGGGUUUAGUACAGACUGUACAAUAUCUGUGAAAAAGUAUACUGAACUUCAUUGAAAACGCAUCAUUCAGAUUUGUAGUUUUAAAAACUAAAAGAUACGAGAAAAUAAUGUAUUUAACUGAUUUUGUAUAACUCAAUAUUUUCUGGUAUAGCAAUAUUAACACAACAUUUUUUAUACAAGGGUUAGGGUUAUUUUUUGUUUUAUAGCCACCUCACACAUGCCAUAGCAACAACAACAGAAAAUUAGGUGGGUCGUUUUCAGUAGAGUUCAGUUGGUGAUUCUCUUUUUGCGGGGAGAUCAAUCUUGACAAUAAGAGCCGGUAACCGACGAAAUGAACUGGUUAUUGUACUCAACUCACCGAGUAAUUUUGCAGUAUAUUAAUAUAUUAGUUUUAUUAGUAGCUGUAAUGUAUAUAGCAUUAAUACCAAUAGCGAUAUAGAAACUAUCAUCGUUUAGUUACUAUUACCGGAAGUGCUAAUAUAAUAGAGCCUGGAAGUGUAUCCUGGGGAUACGGCAUGGCCAAGCAGCCGACAAGUCUAUGUUCCCAGUAUGAAUAAAAACCACUAUCAUUUUUUAAAUGAGUUUGUUAAGCCAGAACAUUACAGAGUUGGCCUUAAAUAAUAAACUAGCAAAAAAAAUUAAUUAAAUUUCUGGGUUUUUUUAAAAACCCGAAAAGGAGACAAAAUUCCAUAAUCAUCUAAGACAUGUCGUGGCUAAUCAUGGCUGGUUGUCCCUUUUUAAUAAUUGGUCUCUAAUGUUCAUUGUUAUUGACAAUAAUGCUCAACCAAUAAGACGUCUGCGGCAGCAUUUGACCUCGGGUGUUCGGGUCCUGGUUGGAGUUUAUGGGUGUUGAGUUAGUAUCACUCGAUGGAACGAGCCAUGCCCUGUGUUGUCGUAUAUAUAUUGACUAAAGGUCAUCAACGCCGAGCGAUCAAACACUGACCGCCGAUCGCUAAAAACCACAACUAUAAAAUCAAAAACGAUAUUUACACCGCAAAACCUAUAUCGUUUAUUCCUAAAAUAAUAAUCUUUCAACCUAUACCGUUUAAUGUCACCCAUGGAAUACUUUUCAUGCCAUAUUCACCGAAAACUCGGGCAAUUUCGUCUAUAAAAGACCCAAGGAGUUCAGGUUAUUGUGUGUUGUAUAGCAACCUCAAACACGACCUCGCAACAACUGAAAAUUGGGUGGUGCGUUUUCAGUGGCGUUCAGUAUAUGGUUCCCUAUUUGUAGGGAGAUCUAUAAGAACCGGUAACCGACGAAAUAGACUGGUUAUUUCAAUCAGCUCACCAAGGACUUUUGCGAGGUUCUUUUUUAUUAUAUUAGUUUCAUUAGUAAAUAAGAAAUGAAUUUUAAAAUAUUUAUUAAAUCCCUAUACUUUGAAAAUAUGCAUGCAUUUCUAAAAAAUAAAGGAGACAAACUUGCUUAGACCCUUCUAAGACUCCCGUGGCUUGGUCAUGACAUUUGAGUCUUGGUUCUCCUUUUUUUCAUAAUUGAUAUCUUAUUUUCAUUUUAUUGGCAAUACUGCUCAAGCAAUAAGACUUCUGCGGCAGCAUUUGACAUCAGCAUGAAAUAAUCACACAUACUUAUGCUACGCUUGUUUCAAGCUGUAUUAGAGAAUGUGAAAUCAUUUUAAAACAGCACUUAUUUGACAGUGUAUACCGAACAACAACAGAAAUGCAAGCAUUUGUUUUUAAAAAAUUUAAUUUCUAUAUAAAAUUAAUUCGGUACAUAGACAGUUAAAAUGAUACUACAACGUUCACGAGACAUUGUAAUUAUAACAGACAAACACUAGUGAGAUUCAAACUGGAUAAUUUUAAAUAAAUUAAAUAAAACUAAAUUAGUAUUCGCGUUUCUUGUGUUGUUCAGUGUAUUACAAUAUUCAAGGACACUUUGGAACCAGUGGACCGGCCUCGGUGGCGUCGUGGUUAAAACAUCGGACAUAAGACUGGUAGGUACAGGGUUCGCAGCUCGGUACCGACUCCCAUCCAGAGCGAGUUUUAAUAACUCAAUGGGUGGG